ACCAUCUGGUGGUGGCUCACGAACGGGCCCCAAUCCUGGUGCUCCUCACCCCCACCAAGGACCCCCCCCUCCAGCAGGCUGGGACCCCCCCUAAGGGACCCCACCCCAGCCAGCUGGACCCCAACUCCCAGGCAGCCAUGAUGCACAAGGCUAGGAGGGAAAAGCCCGGGGACAGCCUGCUGCGGAAGGACUCCCAGAGCUCGGACCAGUCGGAGUCACUGCGGCCGCCCCCACCCAGGCCCUACAAGAGCAAACGGGGCGUCAACAAGAGGCAGAUGUCUAUCAGCAGCUCAGAGGAGGAGGGCGCCUCCACGCCAGAGUACACCAGCUGUGAGGACGUGGACAUGGAGAGCGUCAGUGAGAAAGGGGAUUGGGACUGCCAUCCUCUGGAUCCUGCUAUGUGGCAUCAUCCAGUGACAUGGCAGCCGUCCAAGGAGGGCGACCACUUAAUCGGACGCAUCACUCUGAGCAAAAGGUCGGCCGUGCCCCGCGAGGCAGGCUCCUUACUAGGGUUAAAGGUUGUGGGUGGGAAGAUGACAGAGACAGGGAGACUGGGGGCCUUCAUCACCAAAGUCAAGAAAGGAAGUCUGGCGGACAUUGUUGGCCACCUACGAGCUGGUGAUGAGGUACUGCAGUGGAACGGGAAAUCGUUGCCGGGAGCAACCAAGAAGGAAGUGUACAACAUCAUUCUGGAAUCCAAGGCGGAGCCUCAAGUGGAAAUAGUUGUCUCAAGGCCUAUUGGAUCUAUCCACCACAUCAUUUCCAAUAACUUCUUGAGAAAGGUGUAUAGAGCGUAUCAAGACAUACCAAGAAUUCCAGAAACAUCACAUCCUCCUUUAGAAUCGAGCUCCAGUUCCUUUGAGUCUCAGAAGAUGGAGCGUCCCUCCAUAUCGGUCAUGUCCCCCACCAGCCCUGCUACCCUCAGAGCCCUCCCCGUCAUCCUGCCUGGACAGCUCUCUGUAAAGCUGUGGUAUGACAAAGUGGGCCAUCAACUGAACGUCAACGUCCUUCAAGCCAUAGACCUGCCCCCCCGACCAGACGGGCGACCCAGGAACCCCUACGUCAAGAUGUACUUCCUCCCUGACCGAAGUGAUAAGAGCAAGCGCAGGACCAAGACGGUAAAGAAGAGCGCUGGGCCCAAGUGGAACCAGACGUUCCUGUACUCCCACGUCCACCGCAGGGACUUCAGAGAACGCAUGCUGGAGAUCACUGUCUGGGACCAACCUAGAAUACAGGAGGAGGAGAGUGACUUCCUGGGAGAGAUCCUGAUAGAGCUGGAGACUGCCCUGCUGGACGACGUCCCUCACUGGUAUAAACUCCAGACCCACGACGUGUCCUCUCUACCUCUGCCCCAGCCAUCCCCUUACCUCCCGCGCAGACACGCCUCUCACGACAGCCCCAGCAAGAAACUACAGAGGUCCCAUCGCAUCAUUGACACAGAGUUUGAUGAUACAGGUAUAGCGGUAGUAUCUGAAGGUGCAGAGCGUAACUCGAGGGAGAGGGAGAGGAACAGCACCCUGACUGUCCCAGAGCAGCAGAGACUGGCCCAGCACCGCUCCAGAUCUGUGUCCCCUCACCGCGAGGACAUAACAAGGGCCCGCUCCCGCCCUGCACACGUCCCCAUGCAGAGGAGUCUGGAUGAGAUCCAUCAGAACCGCCACCACUCCUGCUCCCCCUCUCGUUACCAUGACUCCCACGGGGAGCACCGCUCCGGGGACUCGGACUACGAGUACUCCGAGGACAGUGAGGUCCUCGAGAUGCACAGGUCUAUCCGAGGCGGGAGUGCCGAGUGCCUGCACACAAACAGGGGCGUAGCUAGGUCCAGCAAUACACUACCACCCAAAAUGCCCCUGUUAGUCAAUGGUAUACACAAGGACAUAUACAGCAACACCCUCCCUGCAUGCCUAAAGGGCAAGCCUCCCCGGGGGCAUCAGGGAGGGGGCGGUCCCGCCUCCCGUAGCGUCCUCACGCACCGUGUGCUCAGGUUCACUGACGAGGUCACCGUUAGUGAUCUGCAGCCCAGUCUGGACCGGGUGAGGAGUGCCAGCACCACCUGCCUCAGACCUGACACCAACCUCCACUCUCCUGAUAGAGACAGAUGCUCCAACUCUCUGCCCCGCAGACAGCCCGCAGGCCCCAGGAUUUUAGUAGAGCAGGCCUCCCCAGAGGAAGAAAGGCAGUCAGGGAGCCUGGGUAGACCUGACAGUCAGAGAGGUAACAGCAAGAAAGGCCUGGAGGCUGACAGCUUUCUUUCGUUUGUUUGUUCUUUUCUUUCCACGUGGCCUGUUGAUGCCAGUCGUAUCCAGCCCACCUCUAUACUGAGGGGCAGUAGGGGGAGAGGGGGACCGCUGCGCCCCUUUAACCAGACACCCCUGGGGGGAUCUGUCCCUAACUCACCACGACAGGACAGAACACACACCCACAGCCCCUCCCCUCCUACAGGGACUCCCCAGUCAGGUCGCAGGGGCAGACAGCUGCCACAGGUUCCUGCCAGAAGCAGCAGUGUAGAGCAAGCUCUAGCAGUAGAGGAGCGAGCCAGACAGAUGAACAUGAAAGUACAUUCCUGCCGGCCUUCAGGCUCCCAUGACCCCGAGACGGACCUCAAGACCAAACGAGAGAUGUAUGCGGAUCAGCGGCGGAGCUCUGACAACGUGUCGGCCCGCUCGUCAGACAGCGACAUGAGUGACGCGUCGGCCCUAUCCCGCGCCAGCAGUGCCUCGCGCCUCAGCAGCACCUCCUACAUGUCCAUCCAAUCAGAACGCCCGCGCGGGCGGCUCAGGUCCAAGUCUUUAGAGGACGAGAAGAAGGAGAGGAGGAUCUCCUGGGGGAUGAAUGGAGAGCAGGAGAGGAUGAGGGCAGCAGGGAAGAGACGGUUCUCUCAAGAGCUGAAGAGGAGGAGACACACUGUGUCUGGGGACCCCAAAGACGCCAGUCGGCAGGUUCGUGCGGCGCCGGGCCGGACCAUGCUGAAGAGCACAAGCGUGAGCGGUGAGAUCUACGCGUCAGAGCGCACCGACGGCAGCCAAUCGGAUACGGCGCUGGGCACGGUGGGCAUGGGUGGCAAGAAGAGACGCUCCAGCCUCAGUGCCAGGGUGGUCUCCAUCGUCUCCAACAGACGUAGUCGCAGCACGUCGCAGAUCGUCGGCCCGGAGGGGAAGGGGAAGAAGGAGAAGGGUGCGUCCAUCCAGAGGAGCACAGAGACGGGCAUGGCUGUAGAGAUGACCAGGAACAUGAGUCGACAGUCCAGUAAAGAGUUCACCAACGGCACCAUGAACAGCUGCAACUCCGAGGGAAAUCUGCUUUUCGGUGGGGUGCGUCUGGGACAGCCAGGCAACCAGUUCAGCGACUUCCUGGAUGGUCUGGGUCCCGCCCAGCUGGUGGGCAGACAAACGCUGGCCACACCUGCCAUAGGUGAUAUUCAGAUCGGAAUGAUGGACAAGAAGGGUCAGCUGGAGGUGGAGGUGAUCAGAGCUCGGGGCCUUGUACAAAAGCCUGGAUCCAAAUCCCUCCCUGCUCCAUACGUCAAGGUCUAUCUGUUGAAUAAUGGAGCGUAUGUAGCCAAAAAGAAAACCAAGAUUGCACGGAAAACGCUGGACCCGCUGUACCAGCAAGCGCUGCAAUUCGAGGAGAGCCCACAGGGUAAAGUCUUACAGGUGAUCGUCUGGGGAGACUACGGACGAAUGGACCACAAAAGCUUCAUGGGAGUUGCACAAAUCCUAUUGGAGGAACUAGACUUAACAAGCACAGUGAUUGGCUGGUACAAGUUGUUCCCACCCUCCUCCUUAGUGGACCCCACACUAGCCUCCCUGACUCGACGUGCUUCCCAGUCGUCAUUGGACAGCUCCUCGGGCCCACCGGGCACCCGAUCCUAGUGGACCAAUAGGACUACAGCUACCAAUCUUAAUGGACCAAUGGGACUAUGGCUAGCCUACCGCUUUGUGAAAGGAAAUAACGUCACCGUAGAGAAUGAUUCUAGAACAACAACAAUCAAGAAACAGAGUCACAAUGAGUAACAAAAAAGCUUUGUUGAGAUCUGACAAUCACUCCUGGCAUCGUUUCAUCUCUUUGUUUGUUUUAGAGAGCGUUAGAUUUCAGUGUUUCAUUCCAGUAACGCAUUCGUCAUUGUUUUUUUUGCGGUUGUAAUCUAAGAACUAGGGCUGUGGGUAAUAAACAAUGUUUGGUAGCUAGGUAAGGCUGUGCUGGAGUCGAGCGGUAAGGAGACACUCGAUUCAUUGAAGAAACUAAGUAGAAAUGUAAAUGUGAAAGGAAGCAGGGUGGUAGUUUUUUAGUCAAACCAUCAAUACACAAAGAAAUGUAUGUUAGCAUCAGAAUGUAUGGACCCAAGACAGAGGUGUCAUCCUCAGGACCAUUAUGUCCUCUCCGCAGUGGUCCCCAUCCGGCCCCCAAACAGACUGCCAGCACUUCGGCCCCCAGGGCAGAGUGCUUCUGAGUGGGGUCGGUCCGGGCAAGCAGGGGUCUCCUUCUGGUGCCUAGACUUUGUGGAUUCACAUUACUGGUCCUUCUUUGUCAAAAUAUCAUUUUUUUGUUUUCAAUACGUUUACCAUGGCUGGUCCAAGCCGCUCUCUCGUUUUUGUCUUUGGUACGUUUGACUUUUUUUUCUCAGUUUGUUACUUAUGGCACAACAAUGUUUUUAUGAUGAGUAUGAGGUUUACGAUGCGUUGUCUGAUGUAUGCAUGGAGAAGAAUAAAAUGACACAAAGAAAAAAUAUGAAAUAGAGAAAAAAAAAAGUGUCUGCAAUGAGAUGCAGGGGACUGUUCAGUGACACAUCUUAAAUGACGAUUUUUACACUUGACGGUGAGAUUAGUGUGGGAUUACAAUGUUGUUUUCUUCGUUUCGUCACCUACACAACGUCCAACCCAGUUGUCUUUGUAUAGAUGUAUAUUAGACCUCCAAGGAGGUUGACCAAUAAAUAUCAUUAUACAUUUCAUUUUGGACUAUCACCAGGGUGUCAACAAGUCACUGUAAAAAAAAGAGAUCUUUGUCCACAAUCACGAGAACUUUCAUUUAGCUGUUUUCCUGGAGCAUCCUUCCCCUCACCCCAGCACAUGUUUAGGGGUUUUAUCCAAAACUUCAGUUUACAUUAUUUUGAGAUUCAAAAACAUAAGCCAAAAGUUCAACUUUUUGAGAAAAAAAAGUGAAUGAAAAAAAUAUAGAAAAUACUGCUUGCAAAUGUAAUUAUUUGGUUCAUUUCAUUUCUUCUUUGUCUCGAUUUCUUGGAAAAACAAAAAACAUCAGUUGCUCAAAUUUCCCUUCUGCAUCUUAGUGAAUAUGAAAAGUAACCAAUCAGAUUGAGCUUUCCGGACAGGAGCACCAAUGCUCAUCCUUCGUCAAGCCCGCUGACACCUGCCACACCAAAGCGGACGUGGCUCGGCAUGACUCGGACCUGUUCCAAGCUGCAUGCACAUUUUGUAAAACAAAAACGAUACCGGAAAAAAAAAAGAUUGAACUGAACUAGAUAUGUGUGUUCGUUCCACAUACCCGUAGGCCCGCUUGUAUGUUGCAUGCACUUGUACAGUUUGCUCGUACUUAAAUAUAAAGAGAAACCGAAGCCAUUCACAUCACGCGAAGACAUUCAAAAUAAUCAGCUGCAGUCAAAUCUAGUCCACAUCCUUCAUUCCGGUGCUGAAUGUUUUUCGAAACCAACUGAUUAACGAGAUUAUGUUGAUGUCUUUUUUAAAGCUAUUGAACACGUGCUGUACUGUCGUACUAAGCAAUCCUCACCGCCCAUUCUUUCAAAUCUACAGUUACUGUACACAUAGUUGACCUCUAUGGGGCUGAGACUACAUGUUUGAAUAUGUAUAAAUCAGAUCAAUUUAUAUACAAAGUAUAGUUAUGUUGAACAUAAUGAUGUAAUAAGAUAUAUGGAUACAUAUGUUACACAAAUUAUUUAGAGUAUAAUGUACCACAAGUAAUUUAGGUAUAUUGUAAAUAUUUUUUCAACCAACCAAACGGUUUAGUGAUAUUUACGAAUGGGGCCAAGUCAGAUUACGGCGACCUUGUCAAAUUCAUUAAGACUACGAUUGGAUUUAGAAAGUCACAAAGGGACACUACUUUACUUCAAGGCUUCAGGGUAUAGUCCCAAAUUGCCACACUUGAGUGUACUAGGGUAUCAGGCCAUAUUAUCUGCAAAAGCUGUCGUCAUUACACCUCUCUCUCCAUGCUUUGAAACCUACAACCUACGACCCCAGCCAUGUAAAAACCCAUUUAUAAAAACGUCAUUUUUUUUGUUUCAUGUUUAGUGAGUUAUUUUUUAAAAUUUUGUCAGUAUUAUUAGGAGAGAAAAAAAAAUGCUGAUUGUUUACAAUUGAUGUGUUCCACUGAAACAACAACUAGAAAAGAAAACGAUCAGAUAAAAAAAGAAAGUAUUCACUGCAGCGUUUCUUGUUUGGUAUAACAGCUGUGGCUCAAAUGAUGAGUAUGUUUUAUAUUUAAAAAAAAGAGUUCAUUUUUAUUAUUUACAAAUAAAAAAGAAU